UGAUCCUAUUUCCCAUUCCAAAGAUCGAGCCUGUUGCAAAAAAGGUUUCUUGUAUAAUGUUUAUAGAAAGAGUAAGAGCUAUUGUGUUCAGAUUAACCUUGUGACUUGCCUGUGUUCCUGGUGAAUAAACUGUCGUAUAACAUGCUUGCAACUAAUAGAUUAGAGAUUUUUUGAGUGUGAUUUUUUUCCUUGAACUGUUAUUGUUAAACUUUUGGAUCAGCCGUGUAGAAUAAUUUCUCCAUCUCUGGUUGCAUGCUUCAUGUCCGUCAACUAUUUCUUGAAUUUGUCCAUUUGAAGACAUCAGUUGCUGCUCAAAGGGAAAGCUCUGUAUCCAGCUGAUGAUAUUCAAAUUUGUGCCACAUGGUUUUUCAUGAAUAUUUAAGUAUCCUGUAGUAAAGAAGAUGGAGAAUCUCAAUGAAUCUGCUGCUGCUGCUGCUGCUGCUACAGUACUCUGCUUCUUCUUCUUCUCCGCAGCCACCUUUUCACUCUCCCGGAAUCCCCGUUACCGUGCUCUGUUCUCAGCGCCGGCGGGAUCGUCGCCGGAACCCUAAUCUUCGCCGGCGAAGCCCAACCGGACACUUCGCUGGCAAACAUGGACCUCUAGCUAUCUCCGCCGCCGCCGCCGCCGCCGCCCCCCUCCUCUCCAUCACCAAUGGCGCCUGCGCCCGUCAUCCUCCUCCUCCUCCUCCUCACUCUCUCCGUCUCCCUCUCCUCACUCCACCCUGCGGCGUCGUCGGAUCCUUCAUCAGCGGAUGAGCUCGCCGCCCUGCUCGCCCUGAAGGGCUCCGUAACCCUCGACCCCUCCUCCCUCCUCUCCGGCUGGGACCCCUCCGCCGCCGCCCCCCGCCGCCACUGCCGGUGGCGCGGCGUCACCUGCUCCGCCGCCUCCGGCCGCGUCGCCUCCCUCAACCUCACCGGCGGCUCCCUCGCCGGAACCCUUCCCGCCGCCGUGUUCAGCCUCUCCGAGCUCCGCGCCCUCGCCCUCGCCGGAAACGCCUUCUCUGGUGAGAUCCCGUCGCCGCCCAUCGGCAGCCUCCGCCAUCUUGAGCUCCUCGACCUCGGAAGCAACAACUUCUCUGGGAAGAUCCCCGUCGAGAUAAGCUUCCUCCCUUCUCUCCGCGUUCUAGAUCUUUCCUACAACUCCCUCUCCGGCCUGAUACCGGAAAACUUGAUCGGGUCCUCGAGGAUCGAAUCGCUGGACCUGUCGUUCAACCGGCUCACCGGAGGGAUCAAGAUUGUUCCCUCUGGUUCCUGCCGAUUUCUUUCCCAUUUGAAGCUCUCCGGUAAUCUUCUCAUUGACAGCAUCCCAUCGGAGAUCGGGAAAUGCUCCAAUCUCCGGGACCUGCUGCUGGACCGCAACAUUCUAGAAGGUCACAUACCAGCCCAACUCGGAUGGCUAUCGCGCCUCCGCGUCCUUGAUGUCUCGCGAAAUAGCCUUACCGAUAGGAUACCAAAGGAGCUCGGGAAUUGCCGUGAGCUCUCUGUUCUUGUUCUCACUGAUUUGAUGGAUAUCGACUCUAUGACUAGUAGGUCAUCAAUGGUUUCCAGUAGUAGUGGGGAGGAGUUUAAUGCGUUUGUCGGGGCGAUUCCGCCGGAGGUGGUUUCGAUUUCGAGCCUUGAGAUCCUUUGGGCUCCGAGAGCAAAUCUUGAUGGGAAACUUCCGAGUUACCGAAAUAGUUCGUGUAGCUUGAGGAUUCUUAAUCUGGGGCAGAACUACAUUAGUGGUAUGAUUCCCGAAUGGCUCGGAAUGUGCCAAAAUCUCACCUUUCUCGAUUUGAGCUCGAACUAUCUGCAAGGUCCGGUGCCAUUCUCUGUUCGAUUUGGAUGCAUGGUUUAUUUCAAUGUCAGUCGGAACUCAUUGUCUGGCUCUGCUAUGAAAUCAACAGAGAGUGGUUGUUCAAACAGUCUGUUCUCAGAUGGGGAGAAUAUUGGGUUUUCGGUUCGGGAAGGUGUUUUGAUGCAAUACUAUGAAAGUUUCCUUCAAAGUGCCUCGAAGGGUAACCCUUUUGGAUCAAUCCUGGGUGAAGAUCUUGUUGUUCUGCAUGAUUUCAGCUGGAAUGGCUUUAGCGGGUCUUUGCCAUCUUUCUCCCUCGCUCUUCAUAGUAACUUUUCUUAUGGUUUGUUGCUCAACAACAAUGCGUUUGAUGGGUCGCUUUCAAGUGCCUUUUUUGGAUUUUGUGAUGGUGGGAGUGGAUUAGCAGUUAAUUUGAGUGUUAAUCGGAUAUCCGGCAUUAUUGAGCCAUUAACGGGCUGUUUGUUCCUUCGGAGUUUUGAAGCAGCUAAUAAUCAAUUUAGUGGCCCAAUUUCAUCCAACAUUAAAGGCUUGCAUUUGCUCAAACACCUUGAUUUGAGGUGGAACAAUUUAUCCGGAGAAAUUCCAGUUCAAAUUGGUAAUUUAGCUUCUCUUACUUUUUUAGAUUUGUCGAGAAAUUCUCUGAUAGGAAGCAUCCCAUCAAGCUUAUCAGAUGCUCCAAAUCUUCAAAUUCUUUUGCUUGAUCACAACAGGCUCUCAGGAAAUAUCCCUCGGAAUUUCAGUUCACUCACCCAACUUAUGACACUGGAUGUUUCCUUUAACAACCUCUCAGGAACUAUUCCUUAUCUUAGACACUCAAAUGACUGCAAAUUCUUCGAGGGUAAUCGUUUUCUGCAGCCGUGCGUGAGUUUAAACGCCUCCUCACAAUCCGAAAACCCUAUUCAGGAUGAUGCUAAAAAAUGGAAUAGCCGAAAGACCAGGUUGAAGUCCUUCAUAAUGGCAGCAGUUGCUUCUGUCUGUAUCAUACUCUCUAUUCUCCUAGUAUUGUUUCUUGUCCUCAUCUAUGGAAAAAGGAAGCACGUAAAGAUUGCAAGUGCAAGGAGAAAAAUGGUCGUGACCUUCAUGGAUGCUGCUCCAGAAUUAACUUAUGACAACGUAGUACAAGCAACAGGCAAUUUCAGUAUUCAGAAUUUAAUAGGAACCGGAGGAUUUGGGGCCACCUACAAGGCAGAGCUUGUUCCUGGUUUUUCGGUCGCAGUGAAGAGGCUUUCUAUAGGUAAGUUCCAAGGCCUUCGGCAAUUCGAUGCUGAGAUACGGACGCUAGGUAGGAUUAGACACAAGAAUCUCGUAACCCUCAUUGGGUACCAUAGAGGGGAAUCUGACACGUUCUUGAUCUAUAAUUAUCUAUCUGGUGGAAAUCUCGAGGCAUUCAUACGCAACAUGGCAAAUAGAAAAAUGAGCUGGGUAGAGAUUCAUAAGAUAGCACUUGAUGUGGCCCAAGCAUUGGCGUACCUCCACUACUCUUGCAUCCCCCGAAUCGUCCACAGGGACAUCAAGCCGAGCAACAUCCUGCUUGACGAAAAGCUCAACGCUUAUCUAUCAGAUUUUGGCUUAGCGAGGCUUCUAGAAGCUUCCGAGACUCAUGCUACUACUGAUGUUGCUGGGACAUUUGGGUACGUUGCGCCCGAGUACGCAACCACGUGUAGAGUUUCUGAUAAAUCCGAUGUUUAUAGUUUUGGAGUUGUGCUCAUGGAGUUGAUGUCUGGGAAGAGGUCAUUGGAUCCGUCGUUCUCGCAGUAUGGUAAUGGGUUUACGGUUGUGGCAUGGGGAAGGAUGUUAGCGCAAGAGGAACGGGCAGGUGAGUUUUUUGAUAGUGGAUUGUGGGAGGCUGGGCCAAAGGAGAAUUUGGUUGAGAUGUUGAGGCUUGGGCUGUCCUGCACUGUGGAGUCCCUAACUGUUCGGCCCUCAAUGAAGCAUGUUGUGGCAGCAUUGAAGCAAUUGAAAAAUUAGCUUGUAAUGUCCAGGAAGAGAAGUAAAAGGUUAUCAAGAUGAGCUCUGGCAGAGAUCUACCUUGUUCAGGUGCCAUUGGAACAAAACACGAAAACUCAGCAACUAAGUCUUUUUGGUUCCAGUUAGCCACAAGUAGCAAAUAGCUCGGCCUAGUCUAUUCUCUCUUGGAGGUCAUUUCGUCUUCUUCUCAAGAUCCUUCUUUAGUCUAACAUAAAAAUCUGCAACAAGUUUUGGUGCUAAAUAGGAUGAUCCCAGGAUAUCAGCUAACCAGAGACUGAAACAGGGGUUCACAAACCAAAGAUGAAGAAAGCGGCGACCCAGCCGCCGGUCUUGGAGAGAUCUUCGAUGGGCCUGCCCCUGAUGUUCACGGGCGUCGUCCCGCCGGCCAUGUAGUACUCCCCGCC